AUGCGACGCUUCACCCUUUUGCACAUGGCGUCGGCCGUCGCAGCACAGUCUGCCGACCUUGCCGGCUACGUGUUGACAGACACUGGCUCCGUAGGUGGAGGCAACACUUUCCCCGGAGUCUCACGGCCCCUGGGCAUGGUCAAACUGGGGCCUGACCUAGAGAACGGAGUCGACGCCUACUCCGGCUACCUUCCCGAUGGCCACUUCAUCGGCUUCUCCAUGCUGCAUGAGACCGGUACCGGCGGGGCACCCAAGUACGGCGUUGUCAACCAGAUGCCCAUCGUCGGCGACGUAGAAAACCCCCUGAGCCAGAAUACAGACACCCGGGCAAAACCCGAUGAGACUGAGGUCGGUCAUUAUAAGUCUUACCUCAGCUCUGGAGUCACUGUAGAACUCGGGGCGACAGAGAAGGCUGGGCUUUAUCAGUACAGCUUUCCCGAAAAUAAUGGUAGCGCCAACGUUAUCGUUGAUGUAUCCCAUGUCCUGCCCUCAUAUAGAGGCCAAGGUCUAGGACAAAAUUACCUGGGGGGAAAGAUUGAGGUGAAGGAGGGCGACGACUUUCAUUAUGAGGGCUUCGGAUCCUACGAUAACGGUUGGAACCGCGCUGAGGAGUGGAAGGUCUACUUCUGCGGAUACUUCGACCGCCCAGCGACUUUCAAGACAUUCCUUGGCAAGGACCUCACAUCGAAUGACUUGUCAGAGUAUGGAGCUGAAACGAGCUACGAGUCUAGAACGCAGCGGUUGGGAGCCGUCUUCACCUUUGAAGACACUGCCAUCAAUUCGAGAGUCGGAGUUUCAUUCAUCUCCACCUCUCAAGCUUGCAGUAACGUCAACUCACAAAUUCCGGCGGACACGAGCCUGUCUUCAGUCCGGGAGGCUACCCGGGAGGUCUGGAACACGCAGGUUCUUUCCAAGGUCAAGACGACCGAGACGGAUAUGACGAAGCUAAACCAGCUUUACACCGCGUUGUACUUCAUGAACCUGCUCCCGACAAACAAGACGGGUGAGAACCCCCUAUGGGACUCUGAAGAGCCCUACUACGACGACAUCUUUACGUUCUGGGAUACCUUCCGCUGCACGACCUCCCUCCUCCACAUCCUCCAACCGGUAGCCUACGAGGAAUUCAUCCGCUCCAUGAUUGAUAUCUGGCGCAAUGAAGGCUACGUGUCCGAUGCCCGCUCAUCCUUUUGGAACGGCGCCGUCCAGGGCGGCUCCAACUCCGACAACGUCCUUGCCGACGCGUACGUUAAGGGCGUCCGCGGCAAGAUCAACUGGGACGACGGGCUCAAAGCUAUGCUCAAGAACGCCGAGGUCGUGCCGCCCAACAACAACGACCCGCGCGACCGCUCCAGCUCGACCAAGGAAGGCCGUGGAGCCCUCCCGGACUGGCUCGAGUUCGGCUACAUCACGCCGACCUUCGCCCGCGCCGUGACCCGCGCCGUCGAGUACGCCACCAACGACUUUGCCAUCCACCAGGUCGCCAAGGGAAUGGGGUUGGCCGACACCGCUGACAAGUACCUCAAGCGCUCGCGCUACUGGCGCAAUCACUGGAACAAGGACAUGACGGCUCUCGGGUUCAGCGGCUUCAUGGGCCCUCGCAACUCCGACGGGAGCUUCCCGCCGCAGGAUCCCCUCGACUGCGGUGGUUGCUACUGGGCCGAGGCGUACUACCAGGCCACGCCUUGGGAGUACUCGUUCAACGCGCACCACGACGCCGCGCACAUGGUCGAGCUUGUUGGGGGCGCACAGAACUACUCCGACAGGCUGGAGAAGACGUUCGAGCCGGGGCAGUACAAGGGCAACGGCGCCUUCGGAAACACAAUCUUCAACCCCGGCAACGAGCCCAGCUUCGGCACCCCGUAUCUGUUCAAUUUCGUCAACAAGCAGCACCUCACCGUGGAGCGCUCGCGGUUCGUGGCCAAGUCGUACUACAAGCCCACGCCCGACGGCCUGCCCGGCAACUCAGACGCUGGAGCGAUGGAGUCGUGGCUGCUGUGGAACAUGAUCGGGCUCUACCCCCUGACGGGACAGACGACGUUCCUCAUCGGCUCGCCGUGGUUUUCCGACCUGAGUAUCUCGCUUGGCGGUGGACGGCAACUGAACAUCACGUCGACGGGCGGCGGUGAUGAUUCGUUUUACGUGCAGUCGCUGCGUGUCAACGGCGAGCCGUGGGAUAAGUCGUGGGUAACGUGGGGAGACAUAUUUGCUGAUGGAGGCUCGCUCGAGUUUGAGCUGGGACCGGAGCCCAAGGAGUGGGCGACAGGAGACUUGCCUCCCAGCCCGGCCAGCGAGGAUUCCCCUGAGACUGCUCCGGUGCUGAGGCAGCAACGGCGGAGGCGUUGGUGGCGCCAUGAAAUGCAAUCGGCCAACGGAUGGUGA